AUGGAGGUCUUGAAGAUUACGUCCACAUGCCUUUUUGUUGUAGGUCUUGGUGUUCCAAAAUACUUUAGAAACAAAGCCUUAGUACUGUUUGUAUCCACCUUUAUGGCCGUGGCUCUAUUUUACAUUGGAUUUGGAAAAGAAAUUCUUAAUUUCAUCAUCAAUAGAAAUAUUGGGGUCCUCAGUAUAGGAUUUGCUUGCUUCAAUUUGGCUGCACUCUUUAUGGGAUGCUGGCUCUCAUGUAUAAUCCACGAAACCAUCUCGGCUUUGUGUUCCUUCUAG